AUGGCUGACCCAUAUGGGUUGCCGGAGGAUCUCCGGCGUCUUAUACCACCCAGAACCCAUUUGAACCCUUCAAACACGCACCUACUUGAGCCACUGUGUCUUCACCAUGGUCUAAGUGUUGUUGCUGCUUCUACUAAUCCUCCCAACACCUAUGACCCCAACAUGGUUGGGGACGUUUUCUUCCCUCGUACCUUCACUCACUUUGCUCAUCAUCAUGACUAUUCCUCUUCAACUGGUAUAAACCCUACUAAUACUGCCACUGCUGCCGUCUCGGAUCAUGCAUUCUGCAGCAUGGAGAGUGCAGAGAAAGGAUGGUUUGGGUUCGAUUCCGGGAACAACAGGUGGCCUAGACAGGAGACCCUUUCGCUUCUAGAGAUCAGAUCUCGUCUUGAUUCCAAGUUCAGAGAGAAUAAUCAGAAAGCACCCUUGUGGAAUGAAAUUUCUAGGAUAAUGGCUGAGGAAUUUGGGUACCAAAGAAGUGGAAAGAAAUGCAAAGAGAAGUUUGAGAAUUUGUACAAGUAUUACAAGAAGACGAAGGAAGGUAAAGCUAGUAGACAAGAUGGGAAGCACUACAGGUUCUUCAGGCAGCUUGAAGCAAUAUGUGGAGACCAAGCAAACACAAAUCAUGCCUCAACUUCAGAUAAAGCCCAUCGUGCUGGUGGAAACAAUGCUAAUAUUCAAACACCUACCAUCACAAUCAACCAAGACCAUAAUGGAGAUUCUAAUAAUAACCCCAAGUGCUCAGAGAGCCUCAGCAUCUCAAAUUCAUCUGAAUUCGAGACAUCCUCUUCUGAAAACAACGAGGAGGAUCUUUCAGCCAUUGCAUUCAUGAUGAAGCAGUCAAGGGAGAAGCAGAAAGGGUUAGAUAAAAAUCACAGUGAUCAUAGGAGGGUAAAAAAAAGCUGGAGAGCCAAAGUGGAGGAGAUUGUGGAUUCCCACAUGAGGAAGAUCAUAGAGACUCAAGAUGCUUGGAUGGAGAGAAUGUUGAGCGUUGUUGAACAAAGAGAGCAAGAGAUGACAUCUAAGGAGGAAGAAAGGAAGAGGAAAGAGUCAAUGUGGUUUGACCAACAGGUGCAUGAACUGUGGGCUAAAGAGAAAGCAUGGGUUGAAGCAAGAGAUGCUGCAUUAAUAGAGGUUGUGAGGAAACACAUUGGGAUAGGACUUGAAGCACUGCCCCUGGAUGAAGCUAUGGUUGAAGAACCAGCAAAUACUAAGAACAAGACCCAAGGAAACAUUGAUACCAAUGAAUUUCCCUCCGAGGGUGUUGAUCAAAGAAGUAGCAGUAGGUGGACAGAAAUGGAGAUUUCAAAUCUGAUACAGCUAAGGACUGGUUUUGAGCAACGAUUCAGAGAAAAUGGGUACUUGGAGAGUGGCCUCUGGGAUGAAAUAUCAGCAAAACUGGUUUGUUUGGGGUUUGAUAGGAGUGGAAGUGAGUGCAAGCAAAUAUGGGAUGAGAUCAGCAUCUCUCUGAGAAGGACAGUGGAUGAGCGUGAUGGUGCCAAAAGAAGGCCUUGGUAUUUGGGACUUAAGGUGACGGAUGAUGAUGAUCUUUGA